UUAACCAAACACCGCCCUCUCUCAAACAAACCCUAAAAUUCGAACCCCAUCGUUUAAUUUAUUUCAUUUACCUGUUUGUGUGUAUAUAUAUAUGUAACACCAUACUCUCUAGCUUGCAACGCACACAAGCACUCUAAAGAAAAAGACAAUAACACACACCUCUAACAUUAAUAAAGAAUGUCUGGCGUCUGGGUUUUCAAGAACGGCGUGGUCCGGCUCGUCGAGAACCCAGGCGCAGACGCCGUGGAGGGUGGUGGGCGGCAAGCAUCAGCCGUAAGGCGCAAGGUGCUGGUUCACAGGGCAACGAACGAGGUAAUCACCAAUUACGCCGCCCUAGAAACCAAGCUUCGCUCGCUGGGAUGGGAGCGUUACUAUGAUGAUCCAGAGCUUCUUCAGUUCCACAAGCGGUCCACCGUGCACCUCAUUUCUCUGCCUAAGGAUUUCACCAAGUUCAAGUCCAUGCACAUGUAUGACAUAGUCGUCAAGAACAAGAACUCCUUUGAAGUCAGGGACAUGUAGCCCAUUUAUACAUACAUA